AACAAGAUUGUAUGCCACAAUAUUUUCUCUCUUAAAUUAUAUAUCAACUUUAUAUAUGAACAAAUCUAACCAAGGAUUUCUUGGACCGACCAUCUCAUCAUCAUCCCUCUCUCUUUCUAACCUACCCAUUUCCUACUCUUAUAGUAUAACUUAUAUUUCCUUUUGUGUAAAACCCAAAGAAGAACUUGUAUAUGGAAACAGGUCAUCAAGGAUAUGAGCUUUGAUAUCUCCAUGGAUUUCUCAAGAAAGGUUCUUCUUGGUCUUUGAGUUUCAGAUAGGAUCGAAAGCCUCAGGGAAAAAUAGAGAACAGAACCUUCUCUCUUGAUUAUCAGACAUAGCAUGAAGAAACUUGAAUUUCUCCUCUCAAUCUCUUUCGUAGUCCGAUUCGAACACAAACUGGAGCAAUAAGAAGAAGACGAAGAACCUUGAAGGUGAGUUCAUAAAGAUUUCUGCCUCUGUUUUUCAAGUUUUACAGAUGGGCAGGUUUUUACUUGAGACGCAAGCAACCCCGACAAUUUCAGCUACGGAUGCAAAUCCUAGAACCUUAGGAGGCUCUAUCAGCAACAACAAGAAUAUAGCUAACAUGGAUACAAACAUGGUGAUAAUACUAGCAGCUCUUCUAUGCGCCUUGAUCUGUUCUCUUGGCCUCAAUUCGGUCUUGCGCUAUGUCUUACGCUGCACAAGAAGGUUCACGCCCAACGAAGAACUAGUUGACACCAACGCAAACGCAAACACAGCAAAGGGGAUCAAGAAACGGGCGUUGAAGCUGAUUCCCGUUGAUUCAUACAGCCCUGAGUUAAAGAUGAAAGCCACGGAGUGUUUGAUCUGUUUAGGAGAGUUCCUUGAAGGAGAGACAGUUAGGGUUUUGCCCAAAUGUAACCAUGGCUUCCACGUCAAGUGCAUCGACACUUGGUUGCUGUCGCAUUCCUCUUGCCCCACUUGCAGACAAUCACUCCUCGAGCUUCAGACUCCGUCAAAUGGUUCCCCGGCGGGAUGAUGACAUGGCAAAUGUAACACAGCUUCACGAGGAUGAUAAGGAAAUAAUUUCUCCAGAUAUCACGUCACUUUCAUGUUGAGUUUUACUUUAAAGUGGCUUUGCUUCUUUUUGGGUUAGUAUAUAUAUUGUAAUUUCACAGUACUGUUUACAAUUAGGGAAGCUUCAUGCAGAAUUUACAUAUAUAAUCUUCUAAGUUUUGGCUUUUUGUUCGAUU